AGGAACUCUUUCAUUCUCAACUGUUGUACACUCUCAUCCAUCGGCCAGCCAUCCAGAACUGAAGAACCACUCGACCCACCCACAGCACACACACACACACAUCACAUCACAUCACAGGGAAUCAUCUUAAAAGGGGGGCAGGGGUACUACUACUUACACACAGGAACUUCACCACCACAACAAAAACCCCUCCCAAGAAAACAAGAGCACCACCAGUACACUUCGAAAAAAAACAACAAAAAGAGACUCAAUCCCAAAGAAAGAUGCCCGACUCCGCCCUCGCCAGCCUCCAUCCCAAGAGAAGAGUCCUCAGGGCUCUCGGACUACGCGACCCUAACCUACACGCCCGGAAAUCGGAGUUCAAGUGGGGCGCCCAUCUAGGUAGUGGAACUUAUGGCGAAGUAACCCAAUGCACUUGGCUGACCAAGAACCCACCCCAAGAGGUGGCCAUCAAGGUCGUCGCAAAGUCCAGCGUCCCUAACCUCCAACAACACAUCUCGCUCAUGAACCGGACACUCAAGCUCCAUCACCCGCAUAUCGUCCAGAUGUACGAUUGGUUCCAGUCCAAGGAACACUUCUAUAUGGUCUUAGAAUUGGCAACCGGAGGCGAACUGUUCGACCAUACCAUCACCCGGGGGAACUUCAACGACCGAGAAGCCUGCGAGAUGAUCCACCAAGUAUUGGAUGCGCUUUCGUUUAUCCAUUCCCAAGGGAUCGUCCAUCGGGACCUGAAGCCAGAGAACCUAUUUGUACGCGGGAGCGCGCCGUACGUGCCGCCGUACGAUUUAGUGGUCGCGGAUUUUGGGGUAGCGGUCUAUGUGGAUCGGCCGGACGGGAGCACGGCGAGUCUGACGGGGAUCUGCGGCUCGCCCGGGUACACGGCCCCGGAGGUCUAUCGCCGACUGCCCUACGGGAAACCCGUCGAUAUCUGGGCCACCGGCGUCAUCGCUUUCAUCCUCCUCUCCGGCAGAUUCCCCUUCGCUCAUCUCUCCGGUCAGGCCUUCCUCGACGACUCCGACGCCGAAAUCAAGUUCCCUAAACGCUUCGCGAUCUCCCCGCAAGCCCAGAACUUCAUCCUCGGCUGUCUGCAAACCGAGCCUUCCAAACGAUGGACGGCCGAGGAAGCCCUCGAACAUCCCUGGUUUGAUCAAUUGGAAGAGCCGAUAGAAGAGGAUGUAGGGGAGCGACAGACGGCGGCCAGUGUCGCAGACACCGACCACACCCGAUGCGAGCAACUGCCGCUGGUCCGGGCCGACGAGCCGGACGACAAGCAGGUCGAGAGCCUGGCCACGACCGCCGCCUCCUCCGCCGAACGCGUCGGCUCCGCCCUCCCGCCCCCCUCCUCCCACCUCAGCACUCCCCGUUCCGACGACGAUCCCGAACCCCAGCUCGUCCUCGUUCAUCGCUCUCAUACCGUCAACGAAGAUCCUCCCCUCGUCGUCGAUAUCGUCCCUUGACCUCUCUCGUUUUUUCUUCUUUCUCCCUUGCUCUUACACACACACUCUCUCUCUCACUUCUUUUCUCUUCUUCACUCUCGCUCUCUCUCUCUCUUUACGCUUUCUCAUUGGACCCCGAAGAACCCAAAAAAGAUAUAUAUACAUAGCCUCCCUGUGUCUCUUCUCUCUACACACACACACACAUCCACACCCUUUUCUUCAUAUAUAAUCAUCUAAUCGUCUCUUUAUUUAAGAUUCAUCAUAUAUAUAUAUACACUUAUCCAUUUUUCUUCUUUCUUAUCUUGUUGUGGUUGAUGUAUGUUCCUCAUUAUUAUUAUUAUUAUUAUUAUCCAUGCCUUACAGUCAUUAUUUAAUAUCCAGAACAAAGAAAGAACGAAUAUGUGGCUGGUUGGUUUGUUUUAGUUGGAGUGGAGGGGUGGAGGUGACUGAGGACGGACCCGGACACGACUCUCUUUUCUUUCCCAUCUCCAUCCCCAGCUCUUUCUUUCUUUCUUUCUUUCUUUCUUUCUUCCUUGUCGUUCAUGUUAUUCAUGUUGUUGUUGUUGUUAGUGUUAGUGUUGGUAAUAAUACAAGGGUGUCCAUUGUCAAACCAUCUACAUAUAACUAAAAGAAUACGCUCAGAGAGCCCAACAAAGUCGCAUGCAAUCUAACACUGGUGUGUUGACCUCCAAUCCAUUCACAGUUG